AUGAUUAUGAAUGUUUUGAAAAAAUAUUUGGUAUCAAACUUGAAUAAAAAAGAUAAAGUAUGCAAAUUAAUAUUGAGGAGAAAAAUAUCAUCAAAAACAUAUGCAGAUGUAGAAAGUAAUCUUAUAAAAAAAUUAAAAGAUAUGAAUAGUGAAAAUAUAUGUAAUGGUAUUAAAAAAAGUGUUAAAAAUGGCUUUAUUAAUAAAAAUAUGUUUGAAAUUUAUAAUAAUAUGGUAAAAAAACAUCUUAAUAAUUUCAAUUUUUCAGAUAUAGUACUAAUUUUACAAUCGUAUGCUUUGUGUAAAGAAAGAAAUUUUGAAAUUUAUUCCAUUUUAUCUAAUAGAUCAUUAUAUAUAUUUAAGGAAAAUAAAAUUAAAUAUGAAUCAUUAACUUAUGAUAAUAUCUAUAAGUACAUUAUAGCUAGUAAUAAAUUGAAUUUCACUGAUUUUGAAUUGAUGGUUAUUUUUUUAAAACAAGUUAAAAAAAAUUUGGAUUAUUAUGGAAUAAAAAAAAUUUCUAAAAUUUUACAUGCCUUAUCAAAACUAAAAAUAAAUGAUGAAGAAUUAUUAGAGAUUUCUAGUAAUUAUAUUCUACAAAAUUUUGACCAAAUUAAAAGUAACUAUAUUAAUCAUUUAAUUUCAGCAUAUACAAAAUCAAAUAAUAAUUAUUCGGAACUAUGUUUAAAAUUAAUUAAGUAUAUAUAUGAAAAUAUAAAUUCAUUUGAUUCUAUUUCUAUAUAUAAUAUAUUAAUACAAAUAAAAUAUAUUAUAAAUAAAAUAAAAAGUGAUAAGAAUUAUUCAAUUUAUUUUAGUGAAGAGAAUAUUUUAAAUUAUGAUAAAAUAGAUGAUUUAAAUAAAUAUAGAACUAUGAAUAGUACUAAUGAAUAUAUUUAUUCGGAAAAAAAAAAUAAUACACAAAAUCAUGAUAUUAAUAAUGAUAUAAACAUAAAUGAUAAUAUUACUACUUUAAAUAAAGAAGAAUAUGGUAUAUAUAAAAAAGAAUUAGAAGAAAUAUGUUUCUUAAAUGGUGAUAAUAAAGAUGAAAAUAAUGUAAAUUAUUACAAAAAAAUACUAAAAAGUAUAAUUCAUCUUUUAUUUUCAAAAGUAAAUAGCUGUUUAGCAUUCUUGUCAUUAAAACAAAUAAUUAAACUAUUGUGCUCUUAUAAAGAUUUAAAUUAUUUUAAUUAUAUAUUUAUUUAUAAAAGAUUAUUACAUUUUUUGUUUUCUAAAAUUCAAUCAAAUAAAAUAAAUUUAGAAGAGAGCAUUCUGAUAUUAGAAUUUUUUGUUAUUUUACCAUAUGUCGAUAAUAAUAUGGAACAAAUUAUUAAUAUAAUUAUACAAAAUUUAGAAAAAAAUAUUAUUUUUAAUUAUUCUUAUAUAUACCGCUUACUAUUAUGUUUCAAAAAUCUAAAUAUACAUAAUGAUAAUAUUUUAUCAAAAAUUGAUUGCUUUAUUUUUAAAAAUAAAAAAAAUUUUGAAAAAAAUUGUAAUUUUGAAGAAUUAAAUUUAUUUAUGUAUUUUUAUAACAAAAAUGCAGAAGAAUGGGGAGAGAUGGUUAAAUACUUAAAUUUUUUAAAAGAUAAAAAAGGAAAUACAAAAGAAAAUACUAAUGAAGAAAAUAACCAAGUCGAUCAUACCAUUAACAAAAUAGAUAUAAAUAAAGUAGACAAAAAGUUAAUUAUUUAUAAAUACAAUAAGAUAGAGAAAUGUUUUAAUGAGAAUGAAAAAAGUUUAAAUGACGAUAAUGAUCCAAAAAAUAAUAGUGAAAAAAAUUCUUCUUCUAUUAAUAAUAAAGAUAUAAGUAAAAGCAUAUCUAACUAUUUACAUUUUAAUUUAGUGAAUUAUAAAAAAAGUUACUAA